AUGGCCGGCUUCGCGCACUUGGUCAAGAGCCUCCUCGUGCCGCUCGUGCUCGCCGCCAUCCUCUACGUCGCCCUCGCCUACGCCAUCAUCCCCUUCGUGCGCCGCCACCGCACCCGCUACAGCCAGUACCUCCCCAUGCCCGCCGGCGUCGCCCAGAGCACCGCGUCCUGGCGCACCAAGAUCUCCGAUGCCCUGACCAACCUCUUUGUGCCCUCGAGCUGGCUGCGAGGGAGGCGGGUAAUUGUAGACGGGAGCGGCGGCGAGCAUGCCGAGGAGGACCUUUUUGACGACGAGGAGGGCGAGGGCAUGGUGGGGUUUGACCCUGUCGACGAGCGUAGGAGGGAAGCGCUCGAGCAGAGACGCAGCAUGAUGGAAGAUGACCGGCGGCUGAGCCGGGAGCUCGAGCAAGGAUUCAAGGACGAUAGCGACGAC